AUGGACGAAUGCUUCGGAGAUCGGAUUACAUUACCAGAUAAUUUGUUUUCCAAUGAAGAUUUGCUGAUUGUGGAGAAUACCAUUUACACGGAUUUGUCAUUCUUACGGUGCGUUAACGUUGAUCACGGAAAACGGGAUCGAGCAAGUGGAAUGCGAGAUCGUGGUGCUGACAUGUCAUAUCAAAAACUGAGCUCGGAUGCGGUUAAAGCUGAAACAGAGGAUGUGUUAGUACAUAAACGAACAUUCAAAAUGGAUGACAUAUUCACAAACCCUUUUAGUGAUAUGUAUGGUUUCACUGUAAGCUCAGGAGGAUCAGGAAAUCCAGAAAAUGAUGAUUCUACAUCAAACAAUACCAACAUAAAUCAAAUCAAAGAGAAAAGGAAGGAAGCAUGGGAAUCAGAAAGCGCGUUUGGAACUUUUAAUCGUCCUCCAAAGUUAAUGGCUAUUGAAGAUUAUACAAGAUGGGCAAUAAAAUUUGAAGAAUGGCUGAUGGCGUUUGCUUUCCCCAGCUGGAAAAGCAUGAAAAAUGGGUAUGCUGCGGGUAAAAACAAUGGUGAAGUAUUGAGAAGUAAUGAAGAGAUUGAUCUAUUCGUUGCUGAACAGAAAUGUGUAGCACUACUAUUUCAAUCUGUCAGGGAAGAUAUUAUUUCACUAAUCAGCUACACCAACGCCAAAGAUUUGUGGGAUAAACUGGGAAAGAAAUGUCUGGGAAGUAAAGAAAUCUUAAAGAACAAAACUAAACUACUAAAAAAGGAGUUUGAUAUGUUCAGUUGUUUCAAAAAUGAGUCAGUCUGCAAGAUGAUCGAACGUUUUGGUCAUCUUAAAUUGGAACUUGCACGUCAUGAUAUCAAAUAUCCUGAUGAAGAGAUAGUUGAUAAACUGUUCGAUUCUUUACCAGAUGAAAUGGACUGGAGGUACUAUGCUUUGAUGUUGAAAAACACCAUUCCGCCAGAAGAACUAAAACCAGAUGUAGUGAUUGAACGACUGGAAAGCCAUGAGCUAGAAUUGAAGAAAACAUACAAAGUCAAUCAUUCAUAUCAACAAAAUCCAGAACUAUACUAUCCCAAAAGUUUGAUGCCCAAAGCCUCAUCACCGAAAACAGCAUUUUCUGCCGAAAACAUAUCUCCAGCUCAUAAAGAAAAUCAAAGCAACCCAAACAAAGAAAGUCACAGUGGAUAUCAUAGUGGGUCUACUUCUAUUCCUACUGCCUCGACAAAUCGUUCUGAUUCAAAGUUCUCAUGUAAUAUUGCUGUUGAUCUGAAGAAUGCACAAAACUUUGAUGAAGAAUCUGUGAAGCAACAGAUGGUGUUUCUAGCAACUGUGCUAGAAUCAUAUGAGGGGCUGAUUGCUGGAAAAAUUGGGAAUACUAAUCUGACAAAAGAAGACUAUGAUCAGAUAGAUCCCGAAGAGAUGGAGUUAAUUGAUAUCCAAUGGGCAAUGGCGAGUGCAAAAGGCCACUUCAAACGAGAAUGCCGAAAUGCAUAUGUUGAAGAAUCUGAGAAUCCAUUCAAGGAUGACUACUACAAGAAAGCUAUCUAUCAUCAGAAUAAGUCCGAACCGCCAAGAAUAAAGCAAUCUGAAGACAACAAAGGAAAAUCUAGAGCUUUGGCAGUGAUUUACGAUGAUGAAGGAUAUGAUUGGAGUAAGGAAGUAUUACCUGAAGAUGAUGCUAUUGGUUAUGCUUUUAUGGCGAGUCAUAAUGAACCAAUUCAAUGGAAGGAUAAUCGUACAGAACAACAAAAGUACGAAUAUCGAAAAAUGGUUGCUGAAGCAAAGAUCAUCCGACUCUCAGGUGUUUAUGAGGAAGCAACACGUGCAAACCGAUGGGAUCCAGAUAGAGAGUGUUAUUUGGAUGAAUAUGGUAACAUUGCUGUCGACUACAAGAAGAUAGACAUUGAAGCCAUUAUCCAAGAAUACAAAGAAGAGGAUGAGUACUGGCAACACAAAUGGUGGGGUACACCAACAUCGAAAAUGAUCGAGGAAGAAAGAGAGAAAGAAAGAAGAGAAAAGGAGAAGAUAGAAGAACCAGUGAAAAUUGACACCGGGUUGAUCAACACUGCACAGGAGAUGACAGCUGAAAACUUGAGAGAAAUGGCUGAUAAAGUGCUUGCUGUCAAAGCACUUGAGGUAGAUUCUACUCCUAAUUCUGAGUUAAAGAAACAGGUCAGUCAAACUAAGUCAUCAACUGUGUCAGUGGUUGAUGGAAUUGUUAGCGUUGAUGCAGAAACCACUGUGGAUGAUGAUGAUAAAUUAUCUGCAAUGGGACGAGGAAAAGACACUAACAAAGGACACAAUGUUCCAAGUGCAAUUGAUGAGGUCUCUACAAAAGGAACAGAAGCAGAAAAAAUGGCUGAGUGUUUAAGAAAAAGCAGAAUUGCUAAGGCAUUGUCUGAUACGACAAUAGUUUAUGAAUCUCAUGUUAGAAGAUUUUGGGACACUGCAAGGUUUGAAGAAAAGGAUAAUAAAAUUCAUGCAGUAGUCAAGAAGAAAGAUGAAAACAACAAGGAUAUUGAUGUUGAAGUAGUGUUUGGAGUAGAGGACAUAAGAAGGGUUCUUGAUUUACAAGAUUCUGACAAUGAUCCAACGAUCAUGUCAGAACGUCUUGCUAAAGGGCUAUGGUGUAGAUUGGGUUUUUCUUCACACAUCAACGGAAAAAUGUUCAAAAGGAGUUUCUCGAAACAAUACAGAUACUUAAUGCAUUGCUUAGUGCAUUCCCUAUCUCACAGAAAGGGAGCCUAUGAUGAGGUGUCUGACUACAUAAUGAACAUUGUUGUAAAAAAUUGCUUAGCCGGGAAAGACAAAUACAUUAUGUACCCAAGAUUCAUUAUGAUGAUCUUGGAUGACAAAGUUAAGGAUUUGCCAAAGAAUAAUGAUGAUAUUAUGGCAAUGGCUGAAGUGAAUAAGACUGCUAUUCUAAGAAUCACAAAGGAGAAGGAUGCUAAAACAAAAGAGUUGAUCUGUGCAUUAAAGGAUGAAUCAUACGUAGCUCCUGAAAAUGAUAAAUGGAGACAUGACAAUAGUGAUUCAGACAAUGAAGACAAUAAGAUGAGUGAAAUGAUUGAAAAGAAAACCAGAUGGUGGUGUAUCAAAGAUGGAAAGAGAAAGAGAACACCAAAGUCGACCCCUGUGGUUGUAAUUAAAGAAACAGCAAAGGGGUCUUCUGAAGAACCUCAAAGAAAGCUAAUUGAUGAACCUGUCAUAGAACCAAGGGAGGUGGUUGAUAAAGGUGUUGGUUUAAAAGAGACUUUGGAAAGCUAUUUUAAAAAGCAUGAAGAGGCUGAACAAGCACAAGCUCAAAAGAAAGUUGGUCAAGAAGAGGAAGCUCAAGAGAACUCUAGUAAUGAAGAUUCAGAAGAAACUUUAUCUGAAUCUGAACUGGUCAAAGAGACAGUGGGAAAAGGAAAAGUACAACUGAAGAAAAGACCUUUAAAGAAAAGAAAGAAUUCUGAAGAUGAAGAUUCACCGUACAAUCCUGAGGAUUCGCAGAAAAACAGAAAGAAAAGAAAAGCUACUCGCACCGGUGAUAUUCCAAGAGUGGUUAGAGCAAAGAAACAGAAUGCUAAAUCACAAAAAGAGCAGGAAGGAAAGAAGAAACAGGACACUGCUGAAACUAGUCCUGUAGUUGAGAUACCAAAAGAAGUUCCUUUAACAGAAAUUCCAAUAGAAACACAAACUCCUUAUGAUGAUUAUGUGGAGAUCACCGGAGUCAAAUCUGCUAAACAAACAUCUGAUCGUCAUGAUAUUCCAGAAUCAUCACAACGAAAGACAGAUUAUUUCAACUUAGAUUUUGAUAGCCUUGGUGGUGCUACUGGAGAUUUCUUUCAAGAUAUGCCAGAGAGUGAAGGAGACCUAUUUCAUGAUAAAAAGAUGAAAGAAUUGGAAGAAAAAGUUAAAGUCUUGGAAAAGGAAAAGGAAGAAAACGAAGCUGUGCAAGUAAAGUUGAAGGAAAUGAUUGAUGAGUUGGAGAAACGGCAUGAAGACGUAAUGGAUGCAGUGCUUACAAAAGAUGAGAAAUUGAAUGAAAUGAAGGAAGAUAUAAAAGAUAAUGCAGAACUUAUUAGCGCACUUACUGAUGAAAUUGCUGCAUUGAACGCCAAAGUCAAAGACUUGCAGAAUAUCAAUCAGACUUUGAAUCAACUCUUAAAUGAGAUGAAUGAAGCUUCGACAAAUGAAAUGAAGGCAAUGAAGCUAGAGAUGGAAGCUAUGAGAGCAGAUAAGGUGAUGAAAGAUAAGCAACUGGAAAUGCUUACAGCUGUGAUUGAAGCACAUCUGAAGGUGAACAUCCACGAGGCUUUUGAUCAAGUUGACAUUAUCAAGGCAAAUGAAAGAAGGAAAGAAAGAGAAAGACAGCUUGCUGAAGAAGCUAACCUGAAAAAUAAAGGCAUAGCAGAAGAAGUUGAAGUUGUUGGAUCUUCACAAAAUCAACUUGAGGUAGGUGGAUCAUCUUCUCAACCAGAAAUUGAAAUGGUGGAUGCUCAAGAUGUUACAGUAAAUGAUGAAGAAAUGGUGGAAGCAGAAAAUGAAGCAGUUCAUGAACCAGAGUUUAUUAUGGUUGGUGAAUCUGUAGAGCCUAUUAUUCCGGAGAAUGUUUUGAGAGACGUUCAAAUCAUACAAAGAAAGAAAAAGGCUAAAGAAGUAUUACUACUGGAGUACUCUACCGACAAGUUUGUAUUAGUUGGAAAAGCCUAUAGAGUGCCCUAUAGUGAAGAAGAAUCUGCCAAGCUGUUAAGAUUUUAUGAAUUAAAGGAUCAAGGGAAGAUAGCUAGAGGAGAAGUGGAAGAAGAAUCUGAUAGUGAUUUUUGGGAGGAAGAAGAUGAAGAUGAUGAUAAAGAUGAUAAAGCAGACGAUAAAUCCGAUGAUGAUGAUAAGCCUGAUGAUGAUGAUGAUGAUCAAGGCACAUCGGGUUUGCUAAUCAAUGAUCCAUCCGUUCAAAAUAAAGUAAAUGAACUCAUGAAUGAUGAAGUGAAUGAACAGAAUGAUGAUGCAGAGUGUGAAGGGUCAUCUUCUGGAAACCAAUCUGGUGAUCAGGUACAUCAACUCACAUCUACUUUUAUUUCUCUUUCUGAAUAUCAUCAAGGAGAAGUAGAUAUUAUCAGAACAAGAGCUGAAAUGCUUGAGGAGUUGGGGUUAGAAGAUGGGAAGUUUAAAUUUGAUAUCGAAGAUGAAAUCCCAGAGUCUCCGAUUAAAAACUUUGAACCACAAUUUCCACUUGAAGCAGAAUUUUAUGAUAAUGUGACCAUAGAGACUGAUUCAGAUUCGGAAGAAGAAAGAAUAGAUUUUCACUAUGAAGGUGAAGACAUGGCAUUUCCUACAUUCACAGAGUUAUUUGAAGACAUGAAUGCAGAAUUAUUGAAGAGAAAAAUUGAAGAAAGAGUUGCAUCUGCUGAUAUGCCUGAACCAGUUCCAAGAGAAAUUUCUGCUGAAGAAAGAAAGAAAUGGUUCAGAUCAAUGCCAAAGGAAAGAAAGCCUCUUAGAGCUCUACAGUAUUUUACUCAUGAUAAAGACUUAUCUUGGGGUGAUAUUCUUUCUUGGGGGUAUCUGGAAGACUUGAAUGUUUAUGCAAUUCGAAGAGAGCAAGGUGUUCAAUACUUCAGGUGCAUUUCUGAUCUUGCUACCUUACCUUGGUGGGACGUAGAUGAAUUGGUGGUUACAAAGAAUAUUAAACAACUCUACUACGGUCCUGAAGUAAAACAGAGAGACCAGAAGCUGUGGAAUUACAUCAAGUAUCAAGCAACGAUCAAUUAUCCAGAUUGGAAACCACAGUUUCCUAAAAGAAUUGUGAAGUAUACAGCUAAAGGUGAGAAGGACGUUACUCUUGAUGUCAAACCGCCAAAAUGUUUGAAGAGCAUGCCUUUAAGGGCUAUUGAGCAGGAUUUCUAUGAUUUAUUUCAAGCAUGGCUCUAUAAUCCUUCUACUGCUGAAGCUGUGAUCUCUUUGUACGAUAAAGACACUGGUGAAGCUAGGAAAAUUUGUAUUCUAGACCCGAUGUGGCUGGUAAAUUGCUCAAAGAAAGACAUAGAUUGCUUGUUUGUCAACAAGAUAAUCUAUGACAAGAAAGACAAAGCCAUUGCUCAGCAGUACCAGAGUGUAGUUGAUGUCUGUUUUGCUAAAGAAAUCAACUCUGGUAAGAACUGGAAAACCUCAUGGAGAGAACUAGAGGUUGAUGAGUUUCUAAAGGUGUACAAGAGAAGUUUAAGAUCCAAGGAAAUUCAGAGAAAAGCUGCUGAAAGAGGAAGACGAAAUCUUGGAUUUGUACCUCCUACUGAUCAGACACCCAUAGAGUCUGAAGAGAACAAGAUCCCUAAGUGGGACAGAAAAAGAGAUGGAGAUCCAGUGUACAGAAAUUGGUGGAUAACAGAGGGAAGACAUAAGAGAAGACAAAUGUUAGCUGAACGAGAAGAGAAGAGAAAACAAAAGGCACGAGAUAGAAGACGCAACAGGAGACUGUUGAACAUGGAAAUCAUAUGUCUUUCUGUAUCUGUAUAUGAUUUGCUGGAUUCCGCACAGCAAUCAUAG